CGCCGCUCGUGCUGGGCAUCCGCGUAUCUUCCGGAUGCUCCUCGACUACAAGGCAGAAAUUAACGGCGAGGACACGUUUGGGCAGACUCCACUUACCCUCUCUUGUGACUCCAUGAUGCAAAAGCUGAUCAAAGAUUCCGGCGGCAAGCAGGGCCAGAGCGCCAUGGGCUUAAGCACAAGCGUAGGAGGUGAUCAUUCGCAGAUGUUCGACCGCAGCGGCUCCAUGUCCCCACCCGUGUCGCCAACGCGCUCACUGUCCCCAGCAGUCUCUCCAACACGAAGC